ACCUGACCUCACAUCAUCCGCAGCACCAGCAGCGGGGUCAACGGCUCAAUCACCAGGCAUCAACGCCGCCCACACUUCGCAGCAACAACUCGAAAAUCUCCAGGACACGCACAAUUUCCAUCUGCAGCAGAAUCGCACCAUUGGUAGCCCUGUGUCCGGAAUGCUGGCCUUGCAGUCCGCUUGAACAAAUUUCUCCAGAUUAGAAAGGCCAGACCCUCACGUGCGAAACUUUACUCGGUCUUUUAGCUUCGAGUCGAGCAUCGAGUCAUCACUUUAGAAAACACAUUUAUUCGAGUCCGGGAGACACUCGCAACGAACAGAGAUACGGGCAAGAUGAGUGAUAGAUACAGCAGAUACGUUCCUCGAAGAGGGUCACCUCCUCUCUUCAACCCCGCCAGGGCUUCUCUUCCUAUCAAUCUGGCGUAUCCUGAGCAGCAGCCACAUCUCCACGUCGUUCCAUCAUCCCGCCGCGAGAUUAUCGCCCCUGCCCGAAGCAGCAAUAGCUCCGCGAGCACUGCUGGUACUGUCACCACCACAUACAAGGUCACAUCUGAGGCUCCAAAGCACGGAAGCCAUGUCCGCGAGGGCAGCCGUACGAGAAGGUCGACUAUCGAUAACCAUAAUCGUCCUACCAUAGUCACCACGACCAGAGCACACAGGCCAGUAGUUCAUAGUGGGGGAGGAGUCAGACCAGCCAGUCCGAUGAAGAACCCAUAUCGCUCGAGCGAGGAAGAAUACGUUGUUACUCCUGCCACAUCUUCGAGGCAUGGCCACCAUCAUCAUAAGAAGCACUAUAGUGUUACUAUGGACAAUGCGGAUAUGAACAGACUUGCACGCGAACGCGAGGAUAGCAGACUGAGGGUUGUUCCUGUAAGGGAACCUACAUACAGAGCACGGAACAGGCCUGUAUACACUGGAUCUGUUGUCAGGCACGCAGAUACUGUCGCUGAUGAUUAUGGUGAUGAUGGAUACGGAUAUACCAACCCACAGGACUUGGUACGAUAUGAUUUGGAUCGCGGUACUCAACCGACCCCAGUAGUCCACCGCUCAAGAAGAGACAGUUUCGAUGGGAACAGAGCGCCAAGGCCAUCUAGCAUUACUGGUUACAAUGAUAUUGUUCCAAGAUCUUACGAUACGAGAGAGCGAGGACCUCCGCCAUCAACGAGAGGCUUCGAUAAGAUACGACCACCACCAUAUGACCAAGCAGCCAUCCGUAUGCCGAGGCCACCGUCCCCUGGUAACUCCAUGGCUCCGAUGGAACCAGUAGCGAGACCACCUCCAUUCGAGCCUGUUGAACCGGUAAGACGAAGCAACAGUACACGAGCCAGACCCACCUCGUAUCAUGACCGAGACAGACCACGAGGACCAAGAGAUGAUUAUUACGAGGUUCGAGACGACGAGAGAAGACAUCGUCAUGAUAGCUAUGAUGAUCGUGUUGAGUCCAGAGGAUUUGGUAUUCGAACAGACAGGCCGGAAAGUCGGACUGCGGUUAGAGGCGAGAGACCAAUCGAGCGUCCUGAAUCGCGUUCUGCUGUCAGAAUCGAACCUCCGGAGAGUCGUUCCGCCAUCAGACCUGAGCGUCCGGAGAGUCGCUCCGCUAUCAGACCUGAACGUUCCGAGCGAAUCGAGAGGUCGGAACGAAAUGAUAGAGGGUCUGAUGGUGAUCGCAAAGAGCACAAAGAACACAAGGGCAGAGAUGCACUUGCUACUGGUCUGAGUCUCGCUGGUGCUGCUUUAGGUAUCAAUGCUGUUAAGAAUGUUGCUCGAGGAGACGAUCGGAAGGACAGAGACAGCGACAGUGAUGAGCGAGAAGAGAGAAGGCGGCGAGAGUAUGAUGAAGAGCCUCGAAGACGUAGGGACAGAGAUGAAAGAGAACAUGUGGAUCUUGGUGGCAGGGAUCCCAAGGAGAGACGACAUCGCGACGAUGAUAUGCCACCACCACCCAGAGACGACUCAUCUCGGGAUCCUCCGCCUGCACGCAGUAAGGAUGUGAAGGAACGAUCACCAACUAUUGAUCUUGGUGGCCGUGAUCCAAGAGAACGUCAAGCAGCUCGAGAUGACCGAGACAGUGACAAGGAACGUCGUGAACGACACAGACAACGUUCUGAAGCCGCUUUGAGUGGUACCGCUGUCGAUUCGUCUGAUACUGGAUCCGAUGAUGCUCAACCUCGACCACGAAGAGAGAUUCAUCACAGAGGUAAUUCUACCGCUGCGGCAGCUGUUGGAGCGGCCGCAGGAGCUGCAGUGGCAGCUGCACCAGCCUUCAAUCCUAAGGACACGAUGGACUUGAAAGCUCUGAAGGAGGCCUUGAACUCGAAAGAUGCUGCCGCGAAAGCAGCUGCACCACCGAAGGAGCCUGUUUCUCGGACACCAAGACAGUCAUCGACAAAGGAUCCUGCCGAGGUAGCCAAGAUUCGAGAAGAGCUUAAGCCUGAACGAGGCCGUGAUCCUCUGGCUUCCAAUGAUAAUCGACAACUUCGUGUGGUUUCACCACCUCGCGAGAAGGCAGAAGACAAGCCAGUCAAAGGCAUCCUUCGACAACCUCGAGAGAAGUUCCCCGAAGAUCCAGCUCCUAUCCGGGAGGGUGUAGCGCCAUUGAAAGAUUCAAAGAAGGAUGGCAUUCCUCCUGAUGCUCGAUGGACGAAGAUUAGCAGGAAGCUUGUCAAUCCCGAGGCUCUGGAAGCUGGCAAGGAGAGAUUUGAAGCUCGUGAAGACUUUGUCAUUGUUCUUAGAGUUCUGUCUAGGGAUGAGGUCCAAGGUUAUGCGGAAGUUACUCAAAGAAUUAGAGCUGCAAGAGAAGAACUCGAAGAAAUCGAAGCGGCCGAACGCCGUCGUGCUCGCCGCGAAAGACACGAACGCCACAAACGUGAACGCAACGGCGAAGUUCCCCGUGAGCAUGGUCGUCGUCGAAGAGAACGAGAACAUCGUGAUCGUUCCGCCUCCGAAUCAGACACCACAGACGACGAGUAUGACGACGGUGACCGCGUGAGCGAUAAGCCGAAAAUGAUAGAAGCACCCAAGAAGAGAGCCACCUUCGAAGACGCCAUGAUGACGGGUGGUCUAGGCGGCGAUAUUAGCGUAGGCAGUGUGAGGGAUCCUAGUCUCCCAAUGGGGGGAGGGUUGGGGAGUUUGAGAGAAGAUCCGAGUAAACCAGGAGUCUACUCGGGGUAUGUGAGGAAUCCACCGGCACCGAAACAGUGAUUUGA